AUGGAGGACACCCUCACCUGCAGCCAUGCCACCUUCUCCCAGGUGUUUGGACGUCAGGGACAGCUCAUGCAAGCCACCGUCCAGUCUCUGAACAGCCUCAACGACCAGAUCGCUCAGUUCAUGGUGACCCGACCUUGCAGCCUGACGGACGAGGACGAGGCCUUCAUGCCGGGCGAGAGGGACACCUUGAGGAAGUCCAUGACCCUGAUGAGACACCUGCUCGUGGACGCUCAGGUACAGCCGCCUUCCUCCCAACGAGGUCAUUCAGCGGGCGCUUGUUCCUCUAAUCAGAAUCAGAAUGAAACUACUAAUAAUGCAGAGCCCAGAGGGAGACGACGCAGCCCGGAUAGAUAA